AUGAAGUUAAUGUACAGUUCUGGUGAGAAGCUGCCAGCUCUUUUUUUCAAAGAGUCUCUCACGUUUGCUUUUACUUGUUUUCUAAGCGCUCUUCUUCUAAGUUUUGAGGCUUUUGUACCAGACGGGCAGCAACAAUUUUUGCCAGAUGAUCCCGAUGAUCCAGAUGAUCCGAACAAGCUUGUACUUGUACUUGAAGAUCCUGAAGAGGAACCAGAACUUUUAGAAGAGCCUCCGAAUAAUGCGUCAAGAAUACCAUCAAAUAUUCCUGCUAAGAAACUUUUUAAGCUGCCAGAACCACCGGAAGAUGAUGAAGUAUCGCCAAGGAAUGACUCAAGUAAGCCCUUAAAAGCAUUCCACAAGCUGCUGAGAAUUCCAGAACCAUCACCAAGGGAGCUUAAAAGGCUCUCGAGUUCCUUUUCACCCCAUUUGAGAAGACUAGCCAAGAUACUGCCUCCGCUAGAUGAUGAUGAAGAAGAUGAUGAUGAUCCAUCAGAAUCGAAUAAAUCAUCUAUUGCGCUGCCAACUGCAUGGAAAAGGCUACUCAAAAGGCUUCCGCCGGAUGAUGAUGACGAUGAUGACGAUGUUCCGUUUGUGUCCAAUAACUUGUCAAAGAUCCCACUUGCAAAGUCAGCUAGGUCAUCCAAAAGGCUGUCACCACUUGAAGAGCCACUUCCGGAAGAGCUUGAGGAGUUGGAAGAACCAAAAAGAUCAUCAAACUCAUCCAAUAAAUCGUCUAGGAAGCUACCAGUGGAUGUAGAUUCUGAGGUUGAUUUUGUCGUCGUAGCUGAUGAGUUAUUUUUCUUUCCAAAAAGAUCGCCGAUAAGAUCAUCAAAAAAGCUAUCGGUCGAAGUGGAGUCAGAAGAAGCUGAAGUAGUUGUUGUGGUUUUAUUGUUGCUACUUCCUCCUAACAAUUCGUCAAGAAAUGACUCAGAAGUGCCUGUUGAUUUAGUACUAGUGCUAGUCUUUGUAGAUGAGGCCCCGCUGUCCCCAAGUAAGUCAUCAAGAAAUGAACCAGAAGUGCCUGUUGAUUUAGUACUUGUCUUCGUUGUUGAGGCUUUUUCAUUAUUGCUCAAAGCUGUGGAUGAAGCUGAAUCGUCACCUCCCAAUAAUUCAUCUAAGAAGGAGUCUGCAGUUGUUGUUGAGACAAUGGAGUCACCAGCAACAUCAGACAGUAUAGCGGUGGCCAAUGACCCAGAAAUUGCAGCUAUAGCUAUGUUUGUUGUGAACCUCAUAUCGACCUUCUUCGUGUUUUCACUGUCGCAAUGCACAAAUUGA